CAAUAAAGAACAUAAACUGGCAUCGUGCUUCUAGUUCUAUGCAAAAGUUUAGCUUGCCUAAAUAGUAAUACUAAUACUCAAAUCUGAUAAAAAUAGAGAGCUGUGUCACUAGACACUGACAGAGACCCCAAAAUUCUGGAAUUUGAAAAUUUAUGGAAUACGAUGUUGAAUCAAGCAGCUAUCGAGGCAAUGUAUUCGGCUGCUUACGUAGAAGACUAUCUGGAUUGCGUUGAAAAUCUACCUAAUGAUGUACAAAGAAAUAUCACACAGCUAAGGGAGUUAGAUUUGAAAUACCAAGAAGUCCUUCAGGAACUUGAUCACCACCAAAUAUCACUGCAAAAAGAAAUAGAUGGUGGUACCAGAAAGCGCACAUUACUCCAGAUUCAAAGAGCCCUUAUUCGAUCACAAGAUCUUGGUGACGAGAAACUUCAACUGCUGCAACAGAUGCAAGAUCUUAUAGAAAACAAGUCUCGCCAGUUAGACCAAGACCAUAAAAACUUAGAUUUUGGUAGAGAAACUGUAAACCACACAGAAAAUCAUAAAAAUGAAGUACAGCCAGAAAGAUCCAGCAAGCGAGCUCGCAGGCAUAGAAAUUAUGACAGCAUGUAUAGAGAUGAAAGCUUUCCUGAUAAGCAUGAAAGGGAAACAUUUAGUGGAGGUGGUGGAAGGAAACAGAAGAAAAAACGCAGGAAGACCAAAGCAGAGAGAGAGUUAUCGCCACUUGAUCCUCCUAUCGACCCAGACGAACCAACGUACUGUUUAUGUGAGCAAGUGUCUUUUGGUGAAAUGAUUGGUUGUGACAACGAAGAGUGUACUAUAGAGUGGUUCCACUUCUCUUGUGUUGGUCUAACCACAAAACCCAAGGGGAAGUGGUAUUGUCCCAAAUGUCGGGGAGACCGCAGUAAUCAGAUGAAGCCAAAGAACUCUUAGCCUGUUGCCAUAACAGAAUUCAUCUACAUGCACUUUUCACUGGUUUGUGUUAGGAAUAUUCUUUCUCAUUUUAUAUAUUUCAUAAAUAUUUUCAUUAUCAUCUGUAUAUACAUGUGAAGAUGAUUACUUUUCUUUGUGGUGUUAUAUUCUAUUGUUUCUUUUUAAUUUUAAAUUACUUGUGGACUGAACUUGACUCUUCUUUACAGAAAAUAAAUUUGGAUAAACAAUGAAUGUUUGAUAAUUGUUUGUGACUAAUGUAAACAAACAGCACAAUACAAAGGUUUGGAAUUUCAUUUGUAAAGUACUUUUAUCUAAAUUUCUGGAAAUAUAAAAAGUACUGCCUGACAUCUUUGUAAGUCCAAUUCAAAACUCAAUGUUUUAAGAUAAAAUAAGACAAAAUAAAAGGACAACAAGGAAUCUGUUGGUCCAUCUAGGCCAAACUUUACAAUAAAACACACUAAGUCAGCCUUUAUCAUUCGAAUAUUUAUCAAGCUUUCCCUUAAACUUAAUGCAUCCACCAUAUCUGAAAGUAACCCAGUUAAAAAAAUAAAGCUGUCCCCUACCCUGCUAAAGUUUAUACUUGUGUCUACUAGUCCUAUGAAUCAAUACCAUCAGUUCUCUUAACAAUCUUAAAUAUCUCCAUCAGGACCCCUCUAACUCUUCUUUUCUUUCAAGAGAAAACAUUUUCAAAGACCUUAACCCAUUCACUGCAGCUGGGAUAUAUAUUUCCCAGUGCUUCCACCCUCCUCACACUGAGAACGGGAUUAAUGUUUCCCAUUGUUGACGCUGUUUACACCUUCCUCUGCUGGGUCCAGGUUCAUCAUCUUGAGUAUCGUCAUUAGAUUGAGAGCUAGCAUCCUCUUGUCUUAUUGCAUCUUCAUCAUAACACAUUUGAACACCACUUGACUGACUUUCACUAUCUUCUAAAGAAUCUAAGCUAUAUGAGUCAAGCAUAUUUACAUAGUAAUUAAGGUUACUACUCGUCGCUCUAGUGGUGCAGCCACAGUCGGCAAGCACUUAUCAUACAUUCCACUUAGGCAUCUUCUUCGUUGCUGAAGGGCUGAGUGGAAAACAUUGAUGGAAACCAUAUAUCAACAUUAGGUGUGAUGCCAAUAAAUACU